AUGCUACAUGCAACACACAUCACAUGUUCCACAAAAUCGAAGGUAAAGUCACAAUUGAAUACAAUAUUUACAGAGGCGGCGCCAGGAUUCCUCCAAGGGAGGGUGGCGGGGGGUUGAGGUGCAAAACACUUUUUUAAACGAUUCAUGCCGGCAUAAUAUUGCAUUUUUCGCAUUCGUUCCUGGUUUGUUCUUAAAUUGCGUAAUAUAUGUCCCCAUCAGGGCGCUGUAACACAUGUGUUUUAUUACGCCCUGGUCCCCAUGUAUUACAGCAAUUUUCGUCCAAGCACAAACCGCAAACAUUUUCGCGCGUUUGUUUACGUUUGAAACGGGGCGUUUACCGUUGGAAACUGAAAUGUUUCACUGCUCAUUCGACGCGUUAUAGUGAAAAGCCUAAUUCAAUUAUUUUUCAUGUUUUGAUGUGCUUUCGUGUACUUUUCAGUGUUUCCAAGCUCACGAUAUUGUAAGAGCGACCAAACUUGUUUAUAUUCCUACUUUUUGUGACUAGAACGUAUUAUCAUGGGCUGGAAAAUAUUGAAACGUGCACGGAGGCACAUCAAAACAUGACAGUUGCGCCAAAAAUAGCUUAAGGCUUUGCAAUGUGACACGUCACAUGAGCGGUGAAACAUUUCAGUUUCCAACGGUAAACGCCCCGUUUCAAACGUAAACAAACGCGCGAAAAUGUUUGCGGUUUGUGCUUGGACGAAAAUUGCUGUAGCCUACCGUAUUUACUCGUUUGAGCGCCGCGGCGCUCUUUAAUUAUAAUAUUCAGAGCUUCAGAUGCGGUGCUGAUUAAUUCGGGGGCGGUGCUCAAUCGGGGGGCCGGCGUGCUCUUUAAAAAAUCUUUUAUUUGUGAAUUAUAACAAGAACUUGUCCCAAUUUUGUCUCAAUUUUGACGGCGGAAAGUUUUUACACUGUUUACAAGUUUACGAAAUAUCAAUGCCUCGCCCCUUGUGAGUCUUGUGAGGUAAUCCGGAAUCCGACUUUUUGGGGGUUAUAGGAAUCCGGAAUCCGGAGUCUUGGAAUCCGGAAUCCAGACAGCGGAAUCCGGAUUUCAAAUAUAUAACUGAGGAAUCCGGAAUCUAGAGGCCAGGUCGUUCUGGAAUCCAUUGUUUUAUUAAUUUAGAAACAUAUUUGUUGUAAACAUAUUUGUUCGUAUUUCACUGGACCCAAUUCAUUUUACCCUGAGAAAAUUAUCAAGAGCGACCCGCCCAACGUGUCCUCCCGUGCAACAAAGCAAAGUGUAGCGAGUAAGAGAAGUGCGGAGAAAGAUGAUGACAAAAGGCGCGAGGAAGUAAUGCGAAAAUUUGUAAGCGAAUACGGCAGGGGUUUUAGACAAGAAAACGUUCGUUCAAAAACGAAAGAGAUCACAGGAACCCUUCCAUAUUCCUUGAGCAUGAGACCAGCCGCCGUUACCGCCUCGGAAGAAGUGGAGGACAUAUUAUGCUUUAUUAAAGAAAACUUUGCAGCUGCAAAAGUAAGCUGAAUCAUACAUUAAAAAGAUUUAUACUAUAUACAAUAAAGUAUGUUAUAAAUAAUGCUGAAUAGCAAAAGAAUGUAGCUUAAACCGUCCAGUUCGGCAUUUAACUAGUGAUAAAUUCCGCUUUUGUCUCAAGUUGUAAGUUAUCGAUUCUCUUUUCGGUAAGAGUUCAGAAAGUUUAUCGUUAUUAAUAGUUAAUUUCCUGAAAAACGUUUCACACAGAUUAUCUCUUCUUGUCGAGAGAAGAUUAAGGCCACUUUUGGUUAGUGACUCAGCGAAGCUUAGCUCAGGGAAAAUGAUUGCAAGAGCUCUUUUUUGGACACUUUCGAUGACAUCUGCUAGGUAUUUUGGAAGUGACGUGUGCCAUACCGGGCAAGCAUACUCACGGGAUCGGUCUUACGAAAGAGCAAUAAACAGUACAAUACAUAGGUGAUUUUGAUUAAGACCAGUUCGUCUUAGGAUGCGAAGAACAUACAGACGCUUAGAAGCUUUCGAGGUAAUUUGUCGACGUGUAGGUUCCAAGUAAGAUCUGCUGUGAUCCACACACCCAAGAGUUUCGAUCUCAGUACCGUUAAUACGCAAUGGUACGUGGCUGUUUAAGGAAACUAACAUCGUGUUAGAAUGCCAGACUGUCAAUGCGCCCAACUUUAAUCAAAGCAAAUCAGUACGGGUUAGGUUUCUGUACCGCAGGGAUGACGUCGUAGCCAUCAGGCACAAUUUAAGGAGAGAACCAUCCCCGUACUGGUUAGCUAUUCUUCUAGAGGACGUUUGCGUCAAAGCUGACAGUGUAAGGUUCUUGAGAAACAAUAUGAUUGAGCAUUCGAUGGCUUAACCAAACAGAGGAUCCACUUUGUUAUGUCAAAUGUGAUACCUGUGACAAGAAGCGUAUCAUGGCCGAAUCCCGCUGAAUUUUGUUUCAACGCGAACAGUUUCUAGUCCCUCCGGAGGAGAGCAUUCGACUAUCACGCAUUGCUAACGGAUAUGAAGAAACUGGAGACGAGGAGCAACAGCAUGUGGAAGAAGAGAUGGAAGAAGAGAUGGAAGAAGAGAUGGAAGAAGAGGUGGAAGAAGAGAUGGAAGAAAAGAUGGAAGAAGAGAUGGAAGAAGAGAUGGAGAAAGAGAUGGAAGAAGAGGUGGAAGAAGAGAUGGAAGAAGAGAUGGAAGAAGAGAUGGAAGAAGAGAUGGAAGAAGAGAUGGAAGAAGUGUUAAACCUUGCCGCACUUCCCCCAAGAUUGCCGGGUGUCAGCCUGUCUGCAAGAAGAACAACCCGUUUCCCAGUCUCAGCUAAGUGA